UGGCAAGCUUAUCUAUCUGACGUCUGAGGACUGCCCUGUCGGAAUUUGGUAGGACCCACACUUAACCUUGUCUUAUGCUUAAAAAUUUAUUUAUUUAUUUUAUUUAUUUUCCUCAAAAAUUCCCAAAUCCCAAAACACAAUCAUUGAGGCUGUAACUCGACUGAAAAGCCUCCCGGCGAGCGGAGAGCGAUGAUCGGUCGGAGGAUAUUUCGAACAACCCGGGCUUGGGUCUCCGGUCAUCGCUGCUGGUGGCUGAGUUCUCUCCUCUCUCGUGGUCCCCACCACCCGAACGUUCAAGCCGAGCUCAAGCCUUCAUUUCUUCGGCUCUAUUCUUCCCAGUUAUAUCCAACCGCUCCGGCGUCGUUUCGCUUUGCUCAUUAUGAUGGUGUCAAACUGAGCAUGCCUUAUUUUGUAAAGAAAUGCUGCUAUUCAAGUCAAGUUUUGGCUGAUGUUUCGGCAGGAGGAAUAGUUGAUGUACCAUUAGCACAGACCGGUGAAGGUAUUGCUGAAUGCGAGCUCAUCAAGUGGUUUGUACAAGAGGGAGAUGAAGUUGAAGAAUUUCAACCGCUUUGUGAAGUUCAGAGUGACAAGGCAACCAUUGAAAUAACUAGCCGAUAUAAAGGAAAGGUUGCCCAAAUUCUUCACAUUCCUGGUGAUAUUGUGAAGGUUGGAGAAACACUUUUAAGACUGGCCACUGAGGAAUCUCAGGUUGAUGUUCCAAUUCAUACUGGUGAGGCUUUGGAAAGUAUUAAGUCGCUAGAUUCUGAGCUGAAAGGGCAUGAUAUUAGUGGAGUCUUAUCAACGCCUCCUGUUAGAAGCCUUGCAAAGCAAUAUGGCAUAAAUAUAAAUGAUGUUCUUGGAACUGGUAUAGAUGGGAGAGUUUUAAAAGAUGAUGUUCUUAAAUAUGCUAUGCAAAAGGGAAUCAUUGAAGACCCAUCUGACUCGACUACUAGUUCCAAGCAAGUCUUAGGAGGAGAACAUGUAUCUGCUGGUGAUGGAUGGAAAUAUGAGGAUAAGACAAUAUCACUAAGGGGAUUCCAACGUAAAAUGGUUCAGUCUAUGAGCAUGGCUGCAAAAGUUCCACAUUUCCAUUAUGUUGAAGAGAUAAAUUGCAAUGCACUUGUGGAACUGAAAAAUUCUUUCCAAAAUAAUAAUUCUGAUACAAACGUGAAGUACACUUUCCUUCCCUUAAUGAUAAAGUCACUUUCAAUGGCUAUGAGCAAAUUUCCCUUAGUGAAUAGUUGUUUUGUUGAGGACUCACUUGAGGUUAUUCUUAAAGGUUCCCACAAUAUUGGGAUUGCCAUGGCUACACCACAUGGUCUAGUUGUGCCAAACAUUAAGAAUGUUCAGUCCCUUUCCAUCUUUGAGGUAACAAAGGAACUUUCACGGUUGCAACAGCUGUCAUCAGAUAAUAAGCUUAGUCCUGGAGAUAUAUCUGGUGGAACAAUAACUCUAAGCAAUAUUGGAGCUAUUGGUGGAAAGUUUGGUUCUCCUCUUCUCAACUUGCCUGAGGUUGCCAUCAUUGCGAUUGGCCGGAUUCAAAAAGUUCCACAAUUUGCAGACGAUGGAAAUGUGUAUCCUGCAUCAAUCAUGACGGUUAAUAUCGGAGCAGAUCAUAGAGUUCUGGAUGGAGCAACUGUGGCAAGAUUUUGUAGCGAGUGGAAGAAGUUUAUUGAGAAUCCAGAGCUGCUUAUGUUGCAAUUGAGAUGAUUGAAAUCUGUAACUUUUUAGACUAUAAUUAUUGGAUAAUCCUUCAUCCAUUAUUCAAAUAAACAUUAAAUCGAACAAAAAAUAAGGUUUUCUGAAAUUGAAAUCAUUUUCCUUGUCUAGAAA